UUACUACUUAGCUCAAACGGUCACAUGCAUGAGCUCUUAUAACACUAACAAACGUGAAAACAUUUAAAUCAAAACUACAAAUUCUUCCCUUAUACACACACAUAUAUAUAUUCCUACUCCUUGCAAUAUAUAUAUCUCACACUCAACACUGAGCAAAAAAAAAAAAAAAACUACACUUUCUUGUACGACACUGAUAGUCUAGUCUAGCGUACUAUAAACGGGCUUUCAAUUAGCCCGAAAAGUGAACACUCUACGAUCUUCGACACUGAUAAUCUAGUCUAGCGUAUCGAACGGGCUUUCACUUGGCCCGAAAAGUUAACACACUAAAGUCUGUUGUUUUGCUUCGCCUACUUAUCCAAAGUUAACUACACUUCACUAAGCUGUAACUUCAUACAAUUUUUCCUGUACUCUUUGGCCUUUCAGUACGAUACUGAUAAUCUAGUCUAGCGUACUGAACGGGCUUUAUGGAUAGCUACAAAAGAAAUCCACUAAAACCAUGGAAGAAGGGCCCGGCAAGAGGGAAAGGGGGCCCGCAGAACGCGUUAUGUGAAUACCGAGGCGUUCGACAGAGAACAUGGGGUAAAUGGGUAGCAGAAAUCAGAGAGCCUAAAAAGAGAACUAGGCUAUGGUUAGGAUCUUUUGCUACAGCUGAAGAAGCUGCAAUGGCUUAUGAUGAAGCAGCAAGAAGAUUAUAUGGACCAGAAGCUUACCUUAAUUUACCUCAUAUGAGAGCUAAUUUCAAUCCACUAAACAAAUCACAAAAGUUCAAAUGGUUUUCAUCAACCAACAACUUUGUUUCAUCAUUAAUACCAAAUACCACUGGCUUACUCAACUUAAGUGCUCAGCCAAAUGUUCAUGUAAUUCACCAAAGGCUUCAAGAACUCAAGAGAGCAGAGGCCGCGGCUGCAACAGCAGCAGCAGCAGCAGCCUCAUCUUCUAGUUCAUCAAUCACCAAUAUUCCCAAAAAUGAAACUCAAAAGUAUAGUAAAUUACAACCUGAGUACUUGACAAUGACAAGUCCACAUGUGAUGAUCAAGGAGAAGGAAGAUGAAUUCUCAUCACACAACAAUGUAGCCAUUCGUGGUGAUCAAGCUGAGAAGCCUCAGAUUGAUCUGAAUGAAUUUCUUCAACAAAUAGGAAUACUGAAAAGAGACGAUCAUCAUCAACAACAACAGCCUGAUAAAAAUCAAGAUCAUGAUCAUAAUAAUAAUAGCAUCAGUAGUUUCACAGAGUCGAGAGUCUCACUAAAAGACGAUAGUUCAAUUGCUCAUUUAUUUGGUGAUACAACAAGUUACAAUUGGGACACAUUGGGUUCAAUAACAGGUAUAGAAGAUCAUGAGGUAGCAGCAGAAGAGGCUAAUAGCUUUUAUAAAGUGAAUGAUGAGCUUAUGUUUCCAUCUUCAAUAUGGAACUUUUGAAAGAAUUUAUCUUAUAUACACUGAAUGUCGGUAUAUUUUAACCGACUAUAUAAGGCUAUUUGCAGAACUUUUAACUUUAAUAGAAUAAAAAACUUAAUUAUAUAUCCAGUGAGGCAAUUAUAAACCAAUUGUAUUUCAAAAUAGAGAGUCCUCUAUCACGUGGAACUUAGAUUCAGUUCCUUCUUUUAAAAAACUGGGAAUUAAUUAAGUUCA